ACAGAGUCAGCCGAUAAAUAAAACCUGUCAUUCUGCGACAGCAGCUACAAUGAGCGGGGAAACUGUGUUUUACACUCGGACUGCAGUUUUUCUUUGCAGUAUGUGACAUUAUUGCAUUUAACGGUCCUGGUAUUAUUAGUAUGAAGAAUAAAACGAAGCCAGAGUUUUGGAAAAGGUUCAAAUUCCAAACCACGUCGCCUUAUUUGUCGUGGCACCCACAGGAGUCUGACUCUGCACACAAAGACAGCGACAGAGAUUUAAAAUAUCAGAAUGGACUCAGACUGCCUCCCUGUUGAUCAGUCAACCUCUGCGCCCACAGACUCCCUCCUGUUUGACCCGGUUCCUGUUAAUGGAGCCUUGGGGGUCAAGGUCAGCAGUCCAACUGCAGUAGCUGUGCCAGGUUCAGAGGCAGAGGAUCUGGAUUCAUACAACCUGAUCGAACCUCCUCCCUUAGACUGGAGGUCAGACUCCUCCAGUGAAGCUGGUUCAGGAGAUGAUCUGGAUGACCCCAGCCUUUCCUCUUCAGCUGACUGUCUAGACAAGGCAAGUCUGGGUGAGUCAGUAUUACUGUCUUUGGACAAGAGAGACAUUUUGACUCCACUCAACACGAACCAGGUGGAUCUUGUGGGAAAUGUUGUUACACAGCCAGUCCAGGAUUUUGAGGUGAAAUCAGAAGACAAGGCUGAAGCAUUUGAGGGGGAAGUGAGGGCUGAGGGCUGCAAGGGUGUAGAGGAAGAUCAAGCAGUAAUGCCAUUUCAGGAUGUUGAGAACAAGGGAGGUGAAGAGGAGGCUGAGGCUGCUAGAAGGAGAUCAAACGAUGAAGACCACAGGCAUAUCCACACCCUGCUCAGCCAGCUUCAGCUAAUGGGGGAAGAGCCGUGUCCCAGUCAUCAGACACCAUCUCAUCAUCACUACUCCAGGCAGUCUGAUCUGGAAGCAUGUUCUCCAUCUCUGUUAACAGAGGACACAACUGAAACCACAGGGCUGCUGUUUUCUGAAAGCCACCAGAGAGACUUGCUGGGGAUGCUGCAGUGUACAGAGAUAGGCGCUACACCCUGUCCCACUUCUCUGCCUAACAGAGGGGACGUGGACGCUGUGGUGUCAGUUUCCUACAGCCAGGAGGAUGCCCAGAGGUUCUGGGGGCAUUAUGGGAAUGGUCAACAACAACGGCACAGGGAUGACUCCCUCACCUCACUGCCUGAUGAUGAAUAUCCUGAGCCUGUGUGGAUGAAACUGGGAGAGCAUCCUCCAGAGGAGGAAGCUACUGCAGAGAGCGAGCAGGGUGCUGAUGACCAACCUUCAUAUAAAGAUGUGCCUGGUCCUUGCGACCCUGAAGACCUUUUGGAUGGAGUGAUUUUUGGUGCCAAAUAUCUGGGCUCCACUCAGAUCAAAUCAGAGAGGAACCCAUCUACAAACGCUCGUAUGGUUCAAGCUCAGGAGGCUGUCGACCGAAUAAAGGCUCCAGAGGGAGAGUCCCAACCAAUGACAGAAGUGGAUUUGUUCAUUUCUACUCAACGAAUCAAAGUGCUCACUACUGACACACAGGAAGCCAUGAUGGAUCACGCUCUGCAGAUGAUCUCUUACAUCGCUGACAUCGGCAACAUCGUGGUCAUGAUGGCACGAAGGAAACGUAAAGGGCAGGAUGCUGACACUGCUUCAAACUCUUCGUCAUCAUCUGCGAAGAAGUGCUUAAUGAUUUGCCAUGUCUUCUCCUCUGAGGAUGCUCAGACUAUCGCCCAGGCUAUUGGGCAAGCGUUUGGCGUGGCUUACCAGCAGUUCCUCCAGACCAAUGGCAUCAAGGCCAGCGAUCUAAGGCCCGGCGAGUAUAGUGACUACCUGGAAAGUCAGGAGCUCUACAAUGGAGACCUGGCCCACUUCUCUGACUCUCAAAACCUUAGGGAAGUAAUCAUCACCAAGGCUCCUGGGGAGAUCUUGGGACUGGCGGUGGUGGAGUCGGGCUGGGGCUCCAUCCUUCCAACAGUGGUGGUGGCGAAUCUUCUCCACGGAGGCCCAGCCGAACGCUGUGGCGAGCUCAGCAUCGGUGACCGCGUCAUGUCCAUCAAUGGCACCAGCCUGGUGGGUCUGCCCAUCACCACCUGCCAGAACAUCAUCCGGGAUCAGAAAAGCAAGAAGUAUGUGAGGCUAAGCAUCGUCCACUGUCCUCCUGUCACUAUGGCAAUUAUCAGGAGACCAGAUCCCAAAUUUCAGCUGGGCUUCAGUGUGGAAGAUGGCAUUAUUUGCAGUCUGAUGCGGGGUGGUAUAGCAGAGAGGGGAGGGAUCCGUGUUGGGCACCGCAUCAUUGAAAUCAACGGGCAGAGUGUUGUUGCAACUCCGCAUGACAAGAUCAUCCAGAUUCUGACGAACGCCGUCGGCGAGAUUCACUUGAAGACGAUGCCAGCCUCAACAUACCGACUCUUAACAGGACAAGAGCAGCCAGUGUUUCUCUGAGCCCUUCCUGCUUCACAAGGACAAAAUACUUCAGUGUUCAAACUACAUGAGCUUUUGCCAAACUCAGAAAAUAUUAUGCAAGUGUGUUACAUGCUGUUCUCACACCAACGAAAACCACAAACUAGACUAGUUUUGCAUAUUUUUAAUAUGAAAGUGUGAUUUUUUUCAAGUGACAAGUAUAGAUGGUAGUUUUUCAUUUGUAUUUAUCAAAUAUUUACAUUUCAGGCAGUAGCUGAGAUGUAGUAAUGCAUAAGUGUGAUAUCUUUUGACUGUUUGCUUACUUAUGUAGUGGUGAACAGGGUCAUGUAUGCUGCACUUCAUUAGUCUUCCAGCCUGUUGUGUGCUACCACUGUGCCUGAGGUAAAUUUGCUUAGGGGGGGGGGGCUCACUGAAUCAGGACUAAGGGUCUGUGUCUUUCACUGUCAUGUACUUCCACCCCCUCAUAUGCACAAAUAUUAGCUUCGCUGACUGUGUCAAACAUGAAGCAGAUAUCAUGCAAAAUUAAAAGAGACUGCCUUAUUUGAUAGAGAGAUGCAUAUAUUUUUAAGAAUUUACUGUUCUGGAUGUUCAUUAAAAUUA